UAUGUGGUCAUGUGUGUCUACUUUGAUCUGAGCAGAAGAAUGGGGUACUUCACCAUCCAGACAUACAUCCCCUGUACACUAAUUGUUGUCCUAUCCUGGGUAUCUUUCUGGAUCAAUAAGGAUGCUGUUCCUGCCAGAACAUCUUUAGGUAUCACCACCGUCCUAACAAUGACCACCCUCAGCACUAUCGCCCGGAAAUCUCUCCCCAAGGUCUCCUAUGUCACAGCAAUGGACCUCUUUGUAUCUGUUUGCUUCAUCUUUGUCUUCUCUGCUUUGGUGGAGUAUGGGACCCUGCAUUAUUUUGUCAGCAAUCGGAAACCAAGCAAGGACAAAGACAAAAAGAAGAAAAAUCCUGCUCCGACCAUUGACAUCCGCCCACGAUCAGCAACCAUUCAGAUGAACAAUGCCACUCACCUUCAAGAGAGGGAUGAAGAGUAUGGGUACGAGUGUCUGGAUGGCAAGGAUUGUGCCAGUUUUUUCUGCUGUUUUGAAGAUUGUCGAACAGGAGCCUGGAGACAUGGGAGGAUACAUAUCCGCAUUGCCAAGAUGGACUCAUAUGCUAGAAUCUUCUUCCCUACUGCCUUCUGCUUAUUCAAUCUGGUUUAUUGGGUCUCCUAUCUUUACCUGUGAAGAGUACAGUUUUUCUUGCUAUGGGUCUUAUUCACUGAAUCUCAUGGAAAGAAGAUGUCCUUUCUAAGUCCACAUAAGUAAUCCUGUAUGUGGUCACAGUGAUCUGAAUUUGUUUCUAUGUCCUGACCUAAAUGAUAUAAUGUCAUAUUGUAUGUGCCCAACUCUCCUUUAAUUAGUGUAACUUUGAACUUCAAUGUAUGCUAUGUUUCAAACCUAAAGGCAAAGUAACAUUAAAGCAAGAACAUUGAAACUAAGAAAGACCCUUUUCAGCUACAGCAACUGAAAUAGAGCCAAGGCUUUUAUAAUUCUGGUAUUCAUAAUACAGUUCCAUACAAUGGUCCCUAUGUUCAGUUGGGUCAAGUUGAGGUAAAUUUAAACAAAGUAGAAUACCUCCCUCAUUUUUGAAG